AUUGCUUUGCAGCUCCUGACGCUGUGCAUCUUCUGUGCUUCCGCAUUCACAAAAGUGCAAGCCGCUGUGCCGCUUCCCGUCGCCUCGCUCGAUCCAGACGUGGAGAUACUGCCAAGUGGGAGCGCCGUUAGCAGCCAAUAUGUAUACCGCGUCCACAAUAAGCCGAUAAUUCGACCUGUUGUAGCGCCAAUCGUCGAAGUCAAUCCUCCAGCCUUGGCCGCUCCGUUAAACAACUUAGCUUUUCCAGCAGCGCAUACAAAUCUGCCGCUAACAGCACCAGUUUUGAGACCGCCCAUAAUACCCAUAGCGCAACAAGCCGCGCCUUUAUUACCGCUCCCACCAAGUUUGUCCCCACCAACCGUUUUUCCUGCUACUUUAAUCUCACAUCCAACACGUGUUUAUGGACCACCAGCUUUUCCUCACGCUCCUGCGCGUCUGACACUCCCCCUUGCGAUCUCACAACGUCUGCGCUCCAGAUUCAGUUAUAAGCGUCGUCCAUCUGCUAUAGCUCUGCGUCGUUAUCCGACCCACGCAGCUUAUCGGUGGUAUGGUUAACUAAAUCCAAAUGUCCUUAAAUUUAUG